AUGGUUGAACUUGCACCCAAAAAACGACGACGCCUCGACAGCACAACAACAACAACAACAACCCCUUCUUAUGCUUCUGCACGAUACCCGCCAUCAUGUCUCUUGUCCAAUCUGAUCCACCGCCAGGCUCCUCACCAAUUGUCCUCAUCCAUCCAGAGCGUCGUCGUUACUACUCCUCCAAAACCAGCAACACCAGCUUUACAUGCAUUCACCGGUGACCAUUACGCGCUUGAUCUCGUCAGCAAAAGCACCACUCUAUUGAACAAGUCGCCGAUUCGCCUUGCAGAACAGUUCCACGAUCAAUGCUUGAUAACCCAUCUUGUUUGGAAUCAACGAGGCACCACACUCGCGUCGGCUGACGAGAAUGGCAAAAUCGCACUAUGGGAGCUUGGUACCUCUUCAGACCAGUGGACACUUGCAUACAGCGUCAAUUUACAGCAACCGCCCGCUGGGAUACUGUGGCUCAACACAGACCGGGUGUAUCAAUUAUCGCAUGAUCAGCAAAAGUUUGUUCGUAUGCCUAUGGUGGGUCCACGGAAUCCAUAUGGAUAUUUCGCCUUUGUGGUCGUAACCGUACAUGGACAAGUCAGCGUUCAUUAUCAAAGAGGUGGCAAGAUCUUUUCAUCUUUUUCAACAACGUUACCAAACACGGGGCGUAUGGGAGCAGGUCGUGCUGAUGUCGGUUGCUUUGGUAUGAACUUGGCUAGUUCGGAUAAUUGGUACAGGAUAUCCCAUGCUUCUAUGAUCAUUGGUCAAGAUGGUAACAUUUACCUUGCCACCCAUCGAGCCAACACUAGUCCUAAGAGUGUACAAACAUACCGGCUUUCUAUACGCUUUCCUGGUCGGAUGAAUGAAGGAGGCAUAUUUUGUCAGCCAUUAGCAGCCUUACGCUUAACGCAACCUAGCUUGGCAUCAUCUUUGGGCGACUUGGCCAAAUCAAGCUCAAUUGCAGUUUCACAUCUUCAACUAUCAAAUCAAAAGGACAACGUACAAUUGACAAUUGCAUUUGGUGCCGAAAAUGAUGGCAAUUACAGCAGCUUCAUUGGGAAAUGGGCAUUACAACAAAAGGAAAUACAAAUAUCAGGAGAUGCCAUCGCACGAGAUAGCUUCAGUGGGACUGCAAUGACAUCAAAUUACCUGGAUCUCAAUUUUGUUGAUGGCGUAUCAGUGUCGGAUCGUUUCAUAUCAAGCAUGACACACACUCGCCAUGGUGCACUCGUCGUGGGCUUAUCAGAUGGAAGCAUUCAUAUUGAGUAUCGAGACGAUGGCGACUUUGGUCUUUUACGUGGUCGAGGUUCUUGCGAAUCAUCUAUUGGACCGACAUUUUGGCAAGCAGGUGGGCCGCGCACAUAUACAAACGGUGAUCCAGAUCCUGUUGCAGGCUUGGCAUUAUCACCCAACGAAACGCAUAUCUUUUGUAUCUUGUCAUCAAACAAGCUUGGUGUGAUACGGGCUACCGAUAUACGUAAUGAUCUUAAUGAAUCGGAGACUUUAUCGACAAUCAGCAAAUUGUUAAAGCUUAGCCUAUUGAAUGAGACCGAUGACCUGGACCUGAUAUCGGAACUUAUUCGUGUCAACGCUAUAUCCGGCCACGAUGGUGCUAUUGAAAGUCUUGUCUUGGAUGUGAUAAAAUCAUACCACGCUUACUGCCACCAGGAUCAAUCCGAACCACUCCUCGUGUCACCAACUACAGAAAACACCAGCAAAUCAUCAGGAUCACUUGAAUGGAGUUUACCACAGCGGGGACGCGCAUAUGGAUUGUCACUAGGUGUAUUCCGGAGGUUAUCGACCACCAAAGUACAAUAUACGAAUCUCUGCAAAGCAAUUCAACUUCCCAUUGUGCUUGAAUGCUUUAUUGGAAGCUGCAAAUCGGAUUAUGCUGAUAUAACCAAGGUGUUGGAUUCAAGUACGAUCGUGGAUGGCAAAGCAACAUUAGAGUUUGACACAGACAGCUUAUGGUCGCUCAUGUCGUUGACGAAUUGGACAUUGGAUUUCAUGCGGUGGACAUUGAGGAAAUGGAAUAUGCUCUUCAAUUGUAGACGACCCAAAGAUUCAAAAUUAGGCGAUAUCUCAGCUCGACCAUGUCAUGCUGUAUUGUUACUUCACGAAGAAUCGAGGGAUGCAUUAAGCAAGUUAUUGGUUAUGGUGAACGAGUUUGUGCAGUAUACGAAUUCAGCGUCAUUCGAAUUACCAAAUGUACCAGAAUCCCUUCCGCUGCUACUACGAUACGCAAAGAAUGUACUAUCAAGUGAACCAGUUGCCUUGAAAGAUGUACUAGCAUUUUUGACAGCGAUUAAAGCCGAGGAUCUUGGAGUACAAGAUCGGUGGGCAUUGCUACUUGGAUCGAAGCUGCCGAGUGACAAGGUUGAUCGUUUACGCGUCAUCACUAGAGAGUUUGCGGAGAAAUGUGGGCAGCCUGCUAUAUAUCUCGAGCGUGAUUCAAGCGAUAUCAUUGAUGUGAUUCAAAAGCGGCGCAUUCCACCCUUCACGAAGCAUUUAUGGACGUGUGUCCGAUGCCAUCAGUAUUCUAUCCCUACACAUGGUCACCCCCAUUUAACAGCCAAUGAUCCUUGCUUAAGAGCACUAUGGAAUCGUAGUAUAGGUCGUCGUUGUGUAUGUGGGGGUUUAUUUGCAGAGUGCUUGUAA